AACACUACAACAAACAUCAAUCCACUACCCUCAAAAAAAAAAAAGCUCGUCCACAGACAUGGCUUAUUAUCAACCACAGGGGAACACACCCCAGAAUAUGCAAUUCUAUCAAUCGAAUUAUUCCUCGGCAUACCAACCACAGCAGCCUCUAGCUGGCACCCCUGGUGGCGCACCUAACCCACCACUAGGACCCAUGGGUUCCAUGGACAACGCCUUCGGCGCCAAUAUGGACGUUAGAGGAGAAAUGGGAAGAGGAGAGUUGAGUCCUGGAUUAUUAGCUGCAUUUGGUACAUCAGGAUACCCUGGUGAACCUCCCUUGUUGGAGGAAUUGGGAAUAAAUUUCCAACACAUCAAAGACAAAACACUUGCCGUAUUAAAUCCCUUCAAUAAAAAUAUAACCUCCGAUAUAAUGACUGAUUCCGACUUAGCGGGUCCAAUAUUGUUUGUAUUGUUAUUUGGUACAUUAUUAUUAUUGGCAGGUAAAGUUCAGUUUGGAUAUAUUUACGGGGUUGGGUUAUUUGGUACUGUGAGUUUACAUUAUUUAUUUAAGUUUAUGAGUAGUAACGAUAGUCAAAUUGAUCUUGUUAGAUCUACAUCGGUAAUUGGAUAUUGUUUGUUACCGCUUGUGUUGAUAAGUGUUGUUGGGGUCAUCACGUCUUUGGAUAAUUUGGUUGGUUACAUUUUGAGUACAAUUGCCGUUUUAUGGUGCACUUACUCAGCAUCAGGGUUCUUUGUUGCUGUGUUGAAAUUGCACAAUGUGAGACUAUUAAUUGCCUACCCAUUGUUCAUGUUCUACGCUGUGUUUGCUUUAAUGGCUAUUUUUGUAGAAAAGUCACCAAAUGUGAAAACUGCAUUGUGAUAACUCACUGUGUUUAUAAAAGUAUUAUUUAAUAGAAUGUCAAAAAAAACAAAAAAAAA